GAGUGAACAUGUGCUGCUCUGACAUGUGCAACAGCUGGUUGGUACGCGAACACACCAUCAUCCCCCACACAUUCGACAGAUUGUUCGCGUUUAGGAAAGUUGGAUCUGCAGCAAGCAGAAAAAAGGGGAGGUGCGCAGACAUCGGCAAAUCCGUUUAUUUUCGUUUUGUUUUGUUGCCUUUACACGCUUUUUCGUCAUAAAAUACACGUCUUCGAUCGCUUAUUCCGACGGGUCUCAACGUGAGAGGUUGCGUGUGUGGUUGGAGUGUGUUUCUGCCCCGAAAGGCCAACCGCAGAGCAGAGCACGCGACGACCGGAGGAAAAGCACGACAUUUGGCAAAAUACCACCUCGCGGAACCGCAGCCACGAAUCAAUCAGAACUUAGAAGUCGCUGGUCAGACUUGCUUCGAAGUGGACGGUGUCUAAUUCGAUAUCAGUACGAAGCAAAAGUUGCAGCGCGAAUUCAGGUGUUAAAAUUAGUUAGCGCAAUAAGAGAAGACAGGCAUGGCGCAAAUGGGAAGAGCGGUGAAAAAUCUUGAGCCACCGCGACCGCUCAAGUCGACGCUGAAACAGAACCAUGUGCACGUGCCCGUUUAUGAGGUUCAAUCAAUUGAAGAGCUCAUAACGUUGACGGAAAACGUUGCCGCUAGUUUGGCCAACGGUUGCAACAAUGCCGAUGGCAUGAACGCGUUGCUCGCCAACCUUCGAUUACAUGGGCCUCAGUUGGAGAACAUCUCUAAAGAUACUCUGGAUCGUGCAUUUGUCAUCUUUCGAAACGCAUCACAAGACGAACGAUUAAACAUCAUGACGCGGCUAAACCUGCUAGAGCUGAUUGAGCUGCGCGCCAAAUCGUGGCAAGUGUCGGACGGCACCAACACCUACUACAAACACAAGGCAAGCAAUGUCGAGCCGGAUGCCAUUGGUGAUCCAUCUUUGUUGAGCACCUCCCCGCCUGGUCUGUCCCUCGGGCAGCAGGUUAUUCCCUCGUUGUCCCCCGGUGAGCUGAUCCGCAAUUCGGGCAAGUUUCCCAAACCGACGAAAAUACCCGGCAAGACGUACUCGAAGGACGAAAUCGUGAUACGAAAUGCUGACUCAGGAAAAGUUAUGGGAAUCAAGGGGCGUAGAGUUCACAUGAUUGAGGAGUUGAGCGAAACGGUUAUAUCGUUCCAAAGAGUGAAUCCGGGUGCCAAGGAACGCCUUGUUCAAAUCACGGGACCCAACGAGGAGAAGAUAAUUUACGCAAAGCAACUGAUCGAAGACACAAUCCGCCGCAAUGCCUCUCCUGUGCGCUUGGACACUUCUCAGGAUGGUUCGUGCAGUUCGCUGGCGUCGUCAGCUUCGGAUGAAAUGAUCCAUCCGAGGCGGUCGAUUUCGGAUGCGUCCGCCAUUCCGACCGCUGGUGGACAACGUAACUCGAUGAUGGGCAAUCCCAACGGAAAUGUUUCCUACGUGCCAAAUCAGCAGCAGUCAGUGACCGGGCUGAGUUUGAACUUGAAUAACAACGCGAUGUACCAGCAGCAACAGCAAGCCCAACCGCAGUUCACCCAUCCUAAGCUCACCCGAACCAGUUCCCAGAACAAUGGUCAACAAGCUGGCAUGCUGCUGCACAGUUUCUCGACAAACGACGCCUCGCUGGGUGAGUUCAAAUACACGGUGAACGUCGGAAAGCACAGCGUCAAAAUCACUGGAGACUGCUUCGAUCUAGUGAGGGUUGCCAAACUGGUGCUGGAUGAUUAUUUCAGUAGCAACGAAUUCCUAGCUUCGGUCGAGAUGGGAUCCAAUUUUGAUUUGCCAAGCUCGUUAGCAUCGCCGGUAACACCGAUGCCAGGUCAGCAUCAACUGAUUACCGGGUCACCCUUCGUCGACAGUGGCGUCGGCUUGGAUGCCAUGGGCGGUGGAAUCGGUUCGAUGGGUGGCAACUGCAUUGAAGUCGAUGACGACGUCUUCAUCAUAGAUCCACCAACACUGGGUGGUGGCAGUCUGAAAUCAGGCGACAGUUCAAGUUCUUCCAGCUCAACAUUGGUCACCUCCACGCCAGUAAAUAACGGAUUGAGCCGAUCGAGAAGAAGUCAUUUCUCGCGCAAGGACAGCGCACCGGAGGGCAUUAAGGAUGGCGCAGGCGCCACGCCAACUACGAAGGACGAUUCUACGCCAGUGAGAAUCGUUCACGAAUACGAACGUUUGAUCUACUACUCCAAAUCUCCCCACUCAUGGGCGUUGCCACGUGACUGGCUGAAGAUCUGCGACAAACUACCCUAUCUAAUACGAAACAAGGAUAUCAGUGACGAAAAGAACCGCUUCAAUGGUGAUCACUUUUUGGAAAUGAAGUAUCAAUCUGAAGGUCCCACCGCCGCUCACUGUAAUCAGACGACUGACUCUACGGAUGCCACAACGGAACAGCAGAGUGGUGAUUCGGCCAGCAAUGGAGAUGCAACGACGGCAGCUACCGCGUCUGGUGAACGAGCAUCCGAUGAAUCAUCACAACAGCAGCAGCCCGAUGGGCCGAAGUAAGCGCGGGCUGCUGGUUGAUCUCCGAUGGGCUGAUAACAGAAUUACAAUGUGUAAUAACUAUUAUUAUACUUAUGUACUACUGCUAAAACUAAAGUUAGGGCUAACUUUUGAUACGACUACCUUUGUAACAAUAGUGCUUAGUUGUUAGUAUGUAGAGUUAGGAGGCAACUAGAGAGAUGCUAGGCGCUUAACCUGGAGUUAUUGUUCGUAUAACCGACGCAUGGGAAAAGGGACCUUCUUUUCAUUUAGGAACAUAAAAACUCUCGCUCUUAUCGAGCGAACCGAAACGGUAGCCUUUGAACUGGUACCAUAUUGAAUAGGUACCACCCUCCCAGAUAUUGAGAUUAACCAAACUCGAAACAUAUAGAUCGUUGCAACUGUAAUCUUUUUCGUGUAAUAUGGAAAAAGAUAUUUGGCCACAGUACGAUCAUAUUCAACUCAUACUAAAAAAAUCAAAAUCUCUCUUAGAAUUAUUUAUCAAAUUAUGUUUUUCCUUUGUUGUAUAUAAGUUGGGCAGAAGGGUCUCACAAUGGUUCUAGGUUUUCAUAAUUCUUUCGAUCUAAAACUGUUGUAAAAUUGUUCGAUCAAAAGCGACUACAAAAUUUCGCAAAUUGUAACCAUUUUUUGUUUAUGAUCUCAUUUUUCUUUUUAUUAACGAUAUAAAGCUCAAUAUGAAGAUAAAUUUUCUUUAAAUACUGAUAUCCUUCGGUCCAUUUUGUACGAUAAUGGAAAAAAUCUACGUCUCAUCUAACACAUACAUACACCAUUUCUAGUAGGUAGUAAUUUGUGAAAUUCCAAUCAUUUUGUGUAAACGGAAUGUAGCCGAAUCCUAAGCAACGCACUGCUGUGUAUUAACAACCAUCUAGUCUAAAAAAGCAAAACAACUGCACCACGCACCCCCCUACAGCGAGAAAUAUUAAUAUUUGAAGAUUUCAUACAGUUUUGUUCUAUUUUCUGGUAGAACAAUAACACUUCUCAAAACUUUUCGUACUAUAGAAAUAACACUGGAUCCAUACCUCUAACCUUAUAAGACCUGCUGUUGAUUUUGUUUUUUGAUCAAUUAUUUUUUGAAACAAUUUAUGUUUGUUUUAUUUAUGAACUAUUUAUAUCGAAACAAUGUUAUUUAUUUUGUUCAUUAUUUAUUAACCUAUUUAUGACACCUCCGGAGAACAGCUUCCUGUGAAUGAACUUUGUUGAGAUUCUUAAGCAAUAACCAAAAUGAAAAUUGAAAUGAAAUACAAUCGCCUUUCUCACCCCUAUUAUAACUCUGAGCAGAAGGAGCAUGUUAGUUGUUUCCAAUGUGUAUAACAUAGUAUUCAUACGCCCUGUGUAAGGUCCUAAAAAAGCAGAGAACACGCAUGUUAAGCCUUUAUCUCUAAGUUUGUUUUAACAAUAAUAAUCCAAUCCCCAUUAUUAUCCGAUCUACUCACACAUAUACCCUACAGCAUCAGCAAUAAUUGCAAAAUAUAGAACAAGCAAAAUUCAAUGAAAAAAAUAUGUCAGUUGGAACUUAACAAAUUUAAACCAUUAACGCGAAGAUGUUUUGGAUAUAAGAAAUAAAUCUAUAUAUUUUCUAAAA